AUGUCAUAAAUGUCAAUCAAUACUGGGUGAUAGCAUGCAUGCAUGGUUCAUGGAUCUCUAACCACUGUUCAUAUUUUAAUUAAUAUCUAGGUUAAACAAAAUAAAUUUGACUAUGCAGUACUGAUUUAUAUUUUGUGUAUGAUAUCUAAGUGUGUAAAGCAUAAUAUAAUUGUUAAAUAACGUGACCAACAUUUUGUAAGCAUGGGAGGCAAAAAAAAACGAAACAAGUCUAAACAAAGUAUAACUGAAAAUACAGAGUCCGAAAAUGUUACUGAGCAAAGUAUUGAAAAUCUUGAUGACAUUAGUGGAUCACAACAAGAAAAUCAAGACGAUACUGAAUUUUUAGACAAGAAUGUAAAGAAAAGACCUCAUGCGGAUGAUGGUUCAGAUUCUGAUUCGGAAAAGCCUAAGAAAGUGAAAAAGAAAAAGAAGAAACCACCUGCACCUGCAGAAGAAACAUCAAAUAAAAAAGGUAAAAAGUCAAUACGUCAAUUGAAAAAGGAAAAAUACGCACAGCGACAAGCUGACGCUCAAGCUGUUGCUAAAGAUCAAUUGAAAUCUCAAUGUCUCAACUACUUAUCUCAAUGGAAACAUGACAAACAAAAUUGGAAAUUUAUGAAAGCUAAACAGGUAUGGCUUUAUAAAAACAAAUUUUCAACACAACUUGUACCAGAUGCAAACUGGCCAGUUUUCUUAGAAUACUUUGAAUCAGCCACAGGAAACAUUAAAAAAAUGCUCCUUGAUGAUGCUCACAAAAUUAUAAAACAAAUGGAUGAGUGGACUGAAUCUCAUCAAAAUGAAGAAGAUGAAGAUAAAGAAGAAGAUGAAACCACUACAGUGACUAAACCUGAUGAAAAUAUUUAUAAUAGAGCUCGGAGUUUAAUACAAUGUUUACAAGAAUAAAACUGCUGUUUUACUUU